AUGACUUCUCUUUCUGCGACCAAUUAUGAGGACGCCACGUCUGCAAGCAUAGGAAGGAGCCGCUCGGGAUACCCCAAACAGGAUGGGUCCUCUGUAUCAGCCUGGUUGGAGGCUGCUCAAGGCGAUGCCCUUCUCGAUCAUUCUUCGGCACCAACCCUUCCACCUGAGGCAGAUAUUGUCAUUAUCGGCUCUGGCUUGAGUGGUACUCUUAUUGCACACCAUAGUAUCGAGACUUGGCCUGAUAAGAAAAUUCUGGUUCUGGAAGCCCGACAAUUUUGCUCUGGUGCUACGGGCCGAAAUGCGGGACAUUGCAAACCGGAUCAAUGGCGCGGGUUCCCAAAGUAUGCGGAAAAGUUUGGUGAUGAACAAGCCUUGAAGAUACUGGAAAAUGAGCAGCAAACCUGGACUCAGUUGGUUUCCUAUGUGAGGGAAAACGAUGUUGCUUGCGACCUCUGGGUUGGUGACACAUUUGACGUCCCUGUCACAAAGGAGGCUGCAGAUGCCGCAGCAUCUGCCAUGAAACGUUUUAUGGCUGCUGGUGGAAAAACCGAACACAUUAAGAUAAUCAACGAUCCCAAAGCUGCAGCAGAGUUGACUCUCAUUAAAGAUGCGAAGGCCUGCUAUGCAUGGCCCGCAUCGACCCUCAAUCCCUGGAAGCUUACAGCCCACAUUAUGCGUGAUAAUUUAAAGAAGGGUCUCGGUUUAUACACACAUACUGAAGCCAAAAGCGUUGUUCCCUCUUCAGGGAGCCCACUGGUUUGGAGCGUACAAACAUCUCGCGGGAGCAUCAGAUGCUCACAGGUUGUUUACGCGACUAAUGCCUACAGUUCGGCUGUCCAGCCAUCUUUGGAGGGCCUCAUUAGCCCUUAUCCUCACAUAUGCACCAACGUCAUUCCAUUAGUGCCUUCCCAUCAACCGUUCCCUCUGCGUAACUCCUACGGAAUUCUCACGAAUAAUGGUUUCUUCUCCAUUAAUCCCAGACUGCCUCGGGGAGGGUCAAUCUUGUUUGGAGGAGCCAAUCCGGGUCAGGCUGAGUACACAGACUGGCUACGACCAUACCCGGAGAAAUUCAUCAACGACAACCAGAAAAGCUUCGGCUCCAUUUCAAAAGCUGUACGAGAACUUGCUUUGUCUCAACUGCCUGGCUGGGAAGCCUCUAUGAGCGAAGCAAGACAUUAUGAAAAAGGAUGGAGUGGAAUCAUCGCAUUCAGUGCCGACAGCGUGCCUUUUGUUGGUCAAAUACCCGACCUUCCAGGCCAGUGGAUCAGUGCCGGCCAUGAGGGACAUGGUAUGGCGCGCAUUUUCACUGCGGCGCCUGGCUUGGUCAAAUUCAUGGCCGGAGGCUCAUGGGCUAACACGGGUUUGCCUGACGUCUUUCAAAUAACUCCAGACCGUGUAAGUAAGCUCCGUGGUCAGCCCCUUGAAAUUCUUUUGACACGGCGAUGA